AUGGGUGUUUUUGAUGUUCAUUCAAAACAAGAUUUGGUUACCAAAUUAGUUAGUGAAUGUAAGAAUAAGAAGGAAUUGUUUGUAAUUUAUUUUAAAAAAAAUGGUUAUGAAUUUGGAGAAGAAUUUAGACAACAAUAG